AUGGCUCUCGUUGUCACCUGCCGGGCUGUUGCGAAAGAAGUGCUUCACGGCGGGUUAGCCUUGCGCGUCAACACGGUGGCUUUCUCGACCUUCUAUUCUGAUGAGUUCCGCCAGCGCGGUGAAAGACUCCAAGCUUUCAGGAGCAAGGACGUGGACUGCAACAUAUUCAACAUGAUGAGGAACGUUGGCAGCUGCCUCCAAGGCCCAGUGUACGAUGCACUCAAAAACGCCUACCCGGUUUUCAUGCCUGUCGUGGAGCAUUUGAGGGGCGGAAACCCGAACACGGACCUCGUGGCGCCUCCGGAUUCGAAUUACGGCCAGGCACCUUCGCUGUACCGGGAAUUCGUUAGACUCGCCCUCCGGCUUGCGUGUCGCUACUAUGUUGAGCAAUUCAACGAGGCAAUGAGCCAGGACUUCGCCAUCCAGGAAUCGCGUGGUCGGAGGUAUGUGCCUGAUUAUCACAGCCUUGCUGCUUGCUCCAUUGAGCCCUGGAUUAUCCCUACGGACGACGAUAUUGCACAAAUCAUGUCGUACAACGGGUGGCCAAUUCCUUCGCCCGAUGAUGAGGACUUCGAAAUCCAUCUUCCAAGGUCAGAUGACCGCUCAAAAUACAGGUUCUCCGCCGCCGCGUCUGCUAUCUAUUUCCUGGAUUCCUUACCAUAUCAUAACCGGGCGCAUCUACGUAACAUAAUUCUGAACGAGGACCGAGAAGCCGUAUCGCAACCGGCAUGCCAUGUUCAAGGCCUCAUUCCGUUCUGCAAGGAGAACCCUCUGCUACGGAUUGAACGGAGAUGCAGCUUGUGGGGUAAUGUCUUUCGCCCAGAUUGGUUAUCCGGCGACCCCGACUCUAGGGUCGAUCCGGAAUGGGUACCAGACCCAAAGCUGAGGUCAAACCAGGUUUCUCGAAACGUAGCCACGUGGAUUAUGGAGGCGUUGGCCCUGGAGCACCACGGCAUGCCCCACGGCGCGUUUUCCCUUCUUCUCGACGGCGGCCCGGCACCGCAGCUGUGCGAGGAGAUAUUCCAGACCGUCGUCCAGCGGGACGUGGCGUGGCAGCUCGCCAGGGACGAGUCCCGCCGGCGCGGCUACCUCCCGGCCCGGACGUGGAUAGAGAGGAACGGAGAACACCCGUGGCGAUGGUCCUCCUACUUCAGACCCGCCGAGUCCGACCUUGGAUAUAUGUACGAAGGGUUCCCGCGGGCCAUGAGAGACGUUGCGGAGAAGAAGUCGGUCGUGCGUUGCAACUUCGACGUGGGCGUGCCAUGGGACGUGGAGCGGAUCGUCGAGGAGCGCCGCGGCCGCGGCGAGCAGGAGUGGAACGAGGACUGGUUCGCGCACGACCCGCUUAGCUGGGAGACCGUGCCGCCUCUCCCCAGUUGGACCGACUGUCUGCGGGAGGACGUCCUGCGUCCUGACGAGAAUCCUCCGGCAAGAAGAGAUAGUUUCGACGAGUGGGUCGCGAGGUGGGACGAAAGUUCGGGCUCGGACGACGACUGGGCUUUGUGA